AUGGAUGACAAUACAUGGGAUUUAAUGUGUAAAUGUCAUGAUAUGAAACUAUUGCCGAUAUAUUGUAAGGAUUGUGAAUGUCCAGUCUGUACAAAAUGUCUGACUUCCUCUCACUUAAAACACAACAUAUGUGAUACAGCUGAGUAUUUCGAGAAAAAUGAGGGAAAACUUAUGGAAGCCAUGUGUGGUGAAGAUUCAUUACUUGAAGAAAUAAAAUGUAGCCUCGGGAGUAAACGUAAAAUGCUAGAUCAAUGGAAAACCAAAGUUUUUGAUCAAAUUAUCAAAAGAGAAGCCAUCAUUGCGGAAGUUAGAGAAGUUGGUAAUGGCUAUAAAACCAUUGUAUCUGAUGCUGUUUUGAAACGAGAGGAACACUUUCAGGAAAGUGGGAAAAUACUUAAAAAUAUUUCAAGUAAUCUAGAAUUUAAAACAGAAUCGGAAAGAGACAGAAUAAAAUUAUUGACGUGUUAUAGUGAACUAAUGAGGCUUCGAUGGGAUAUAAAAAAUAAAGACCCCAUGAACUCUACAUUAGAAGACUUAAAAAGUAACAGUAGAAAGGUCAUAGAAGAGCUAUUUAGGAAUUUAAAUAUGGAAUCUGAUCAUACUCUUGCAUCUGAUGAAGAUGGGCAAAUCGAGAAAAUCACCUUUUCAUAA